AUGAACACCAAAAACAAUUUUCAAUUUCGAAUUGAAAUCAUGGAAUGUAUGAAAAAAUAUUUAACACCAGCUAGUCAACCUCAAACCACUAAUCUAUCACCCUCCGCCAUUCCACAAUCACAAAGACCAUAUUAUCAAGUUCCGAAUGAAUUAUUAUACUCUUUACCACCGUAUCAAUAUCACAACACUAUGCCCCCACCACAGCUAGAUAUUUCAAGUCAAAAUCUACAACCAAAUUAUCUAAAUAUUUCAUUGCCGUCUAUAACACAAAAUGACCCCAAUGGCCAUACCAAUAAUAAUUAUAGUCUUGAAUAA